AUGAAGUCUCUCGUUACAUUGUCGCUCGUUGUUGGGCUUGGUGUGAGCAUCGUCGAUGCCGUACCCAGAAACUUGGCUGCUAGGGCCUCUUACCCUACCAUCAGAAGGGAUGUCGUCGUCAUCGGAGGUGGAUCUUCGGGGACCUACGCGGCGGUCAAGCUGAAGAGAAUGGGCAAGAGCGUCGCUGUCGUCGAGAGACUCGCGUCUUUCGGAGGGCACACGUCGACCUACCAUGUACCUGGUAGCGACAUCACCAUCGACUACGGCGUCCAAGGUUAUGGAGAUGUCGAUGUGAUUCGUGACUUCUUCGCAAGCUUCAACAUCUCUCUGGACCAGAUCCCUCUGUCUGAAACCAGCUUUGGUAUCCCAAACUAUGUGGAUUUUCGCAAUGGCCAGGCCAUCCCGGAUUUCAACUUUUCCACCAGCCUUGCGGGGUUUCAAGCGCAGAGCGAGAGGUACCCCUACCUCUCCUACUCGACUCGACUCCCAAAUCCAGUCCCAAAGGACUUUCUUUUACCCUUCAGGGACUUUCUCGCAAAAUACAACCUCCAAAACACGACCUACAACGUGUUCUACAACCUCGAAGGCUUCGGCGAUCUUCUGUCUCAGGCGACCUUGUACGUCCUGAAAUACCUCAAUCAGGAGUAUCUCGCUGCCUUACAUCCUGAUUACAAGGGAGCACUUGUGACGGCUCGUCGGUACAACCAGGAACUCUACGAGAGAGCACAGGAAUUGCUUGGGAAAGACGCGCUGGUCAGCUCUCAGGUUCUGUCCGCGACUCGCAGCAAAUCUGAAGUUAGGAUUGAUGUCCGAACUCCGAGCGGAAGCAAGACGAUCAUUGCCAAGAAAUUGUUGAUUGCGAUGCCGCCAAUGGCAUCGAACAUGGAAUCGUUCAGCCUGGAUACCGCCGAAAAGGACAUCUUCAGCAAGUUCAAGGCCUCAGGAUGGUACGUUGGACUUGUGCGAGCAUCUGGGCUAGCAGAAAGCUUUGCCUACCAGAACACACGCCCAGACACGCUACACAAUCUUCCUCAGCUCCCGUCUCUCUAUCAAAUGUCUCCGACCGUGGUCCGUGACAUUUAUCUGGUCCGUUAUGGCACUCUAGGAAAGACGCCAGAUGCUACGGUGAAAAGCGACAUACUCAAGACCUUCAAUCGAGUUAGAGCUUCAGUGCUCGGACAACAGAGCAAACAAUUCCAGCCUGCUGAGCUCUUGGCCUACUCAAGCCAUUAUCCGUUCAACUUGCAUGUCACGCCCCACGAAAUUUCCAAGGGUUUCUACAACAAACUCGAUGACCUGCAAGGCCGCCGAAGCACUUGGUAUACUGGCGCGGCUCUCAUUUCUCAUGGUACCGGAGCGCUCUGGAAUUUCACCGAUAACCUUGUGGACCGGAUGUACGAGAGGGAUUAA